AUGCCAAAAUUCCUGACUCAUGAGAACCUCCAGCGGGUGUGUGGCGGGUUCCUGGCAGCCGUGGAACGGUACAAAGAGAUUGUCCCCAAGCACUUCCUGGAUGCCACCCUGCCUGAGAUCGAGAAAUCGCUGCAGCAACAGCUUUUGCAAGCUACCUGGGCUCAAACUGCGCUCAACUUCGAUGCUGAUUUGCUAAAGAUGAAUGCAUGGGCCCGGAAGUACGACAUUUUCAGUCAACAACAGGCCAUGAUGGACUUCAAGUAUCUCAGCGACCGGUGUGCCAAAGGUGCACUGGCACUGGACGAGGCAGUGCAGGUGUGCCAGACAGUAUCGUCCGGAAACCCGCGCACUCUCUGCUUCUUUCUUCUUCCACAGUGGCACAGCAUUUAUGUUCAAACAGGUGUGGCUGCGGUUGUCAGUGGCGGCUCUGGCUCAUCGGCGUCUGCGUGGGUCAAGAGCCACGCGUUGAUGGGAUCCAUAGCAGGUAUCGAGCGCAGCAGAGUGAACGAACUGGUCAACCCUGACCCAGAUAAGCCGCUAGCACCACACUUCAGGGUGCAGCAGAGAGGAGUGGCAGCCACCAAAUCAAUAAUCACCCAGCUCUUGGAGGGCAUGACUUCUGGUGAGACUACCCAACUCCUUGUGGUGGAUCUUUUGCCAUCAAGAUUUGCUGAAUGGUCUGCCGCUUGCUGGGAGUUCCAGAAGGAAGCCCUCUUGGGCUCGGGCGAUGGUCUUGAUGUUCGCUUCCUGGCUGUCUAUGACAAAGACAAUGCGCACAAUCUGGCAACCUGGCGUGAAUGCAUGGUCGGCCGGGUAAUGUCUCAAUGGUGGGACCAAUGCGCUGAUGCAGGACCCAAGGCCAGGGAAACCACACGGUUUCAGGAGGAACCUCCAUCCCUGGAAAUCCUUAGCAUUGGUUCUGAUUCAUCUUGCGUGGUGAGUCUUGGAAAAAUUCGAUAA